UUCUCGUAUUGUAUUAUUUGACGAGCUGACAACGCGGAUGGACGUUCUCCGGGAACUUGGACCUCGAGUAGUUUUAGAAACUUAAAUUUCAAGGAACACAAUCGCUCUACCGAAUUAUCUUGAUUGCCUUACGAAGACAAGUUUUUGAGCGGCUUAGGCUUAAAAAUAAUGAUAUUUUUGUAUUUUCAAACGCAAGUGAUAUUUUAAAAUCAAUUAUUUUAUGUUGUGUGCACGUAACAUCUAACGAAAUUAAACAAGUUUUUGGAGAGUUGACAAAAGUAAAACCAUGUAGGAAGUGCAAAGCAUCAAAUGGUUUAAGUGAAGCUGAAUAUCAAAUCGUUCCUACGUUAUAGGUACAUAUUUUACCACACAUAUGUAUAUACAUAACAACCUAGGUCAAUAUUGCUUAAAGUGCCGUGUAAAUGUACGCAGAGAUAAAAACAACUAUUGCUAGUUGCCCAGUAGAUAAUAAACAGCAAUUACACGCACACACUCGCACAUUGGUACCCACACUCGUGACUAGAAACAUACAUAUUUAUAUACAUAUGUACAUACAUUCGCGGAAAUCAAAAACAACGCUCAGCUUCAGAGAGGCAAAAGAAAAGCACGAUUCUAAACUUGAAUCUAUUAAAUUUAUAAUAUCAAAGCGCGAAGGUUGUAAGCGAGUGGCUCGGCACUGCCAAAAACGAAAACGAAAACCGACUGCCCCCGAGUGCUUGACAUCAAGAUCGCAUGCCUAGAGCUUUUCAGCAGCGCCAGCAAUAACAAUAACAACAACGAAACGGAAAAUAAAAACAAAAGUGUUCCUCUUCUAACGGUCCCCGUGUAUUUUGUAAUUAAACAUCGUCAAGUGAGAGAGAGAACUCUCGCAGCAAUUGCGGGUACGGGAACAGGUCUAGUUGUCGAACGCGACGCAGUGAAAAAGUUUUGGCGGAAAACAAUUGUCUAUGGUAGAUUUGCGUGCUCGGUCGCUACUUACAAAAGUCGGCGAAACUGCCACAGAUAUAUAUAAAAAUAAAUAACUUUUUACGGAUUUUUCCCAUCAAUUAUAUGCUUCAACUAACAUGGUCUACUAUUCCGCUAACCAGCUGCUCAUAAAAACGGAGCAAUCUAAUCAGACGCAGUUCUGUCUUCAAGUGCCGCCCCCGCUGACGUCGACGACUUCGAGUUUGGGAGUCGGAGUGUCAUCAACCGGUGGCCAGCAAGAGCAAUUUGAACUGCUGCAGACGCCACAACAGCGGCAACUGCAGCUACAGCUGCAGGAACAUCAUCACCAAGAGCAGCACCAGUUCUUCAGCUAUCAACUGGGCAUCCAACAGCAGCAAAAGCAGCAGCAACAUGAAUGCAUUACUACCAAGACUCCAACAGCAGCCCCAACCUCUCAGCGGAUUAAGACAGAGCCGACCGCCGUGUUUUCAGCAUCUCCGAUGGUGCCGCAGGUACGCAAGCCGGUCACGAACAAACCGCAGUUUAGGUGCGACCUGUGCGGCAUGACCUUUGGCAGCAAGUCGGCCCACACCUCGCACACCAAGUCGCACUCUAAGAAUGUCGAUCUGUCUCUGAACGGCGGAGGGGGCACGGCGGUCGUUGCGACAGUAACAUCGGCUGUCAUCGAGCUAAAUGAAGCGGGUCUGCCGGUGGGCAUCCCCAAGAGUCCGACCAUUGAGCCCCUGGCCAACGUCGCUGCUGGAGCUGAUCCGUAUCAGUGCAACGUAUGCCAAAAAACAUUCGCCGUUCCCGCCAGGCUGAGUCGCUAUUCUUUUACAGUCACCGCUCGGGAGAUCGAUCUUUCGCCGUGGAGAGUACACAAAAGUCGCUAUUCUUUUACAGUCACCGCUCGGGAGAUCGAUCUUUCGCCGUGGAGAGUACACAACAUCCGUCACUACCGCACCCAUACUGGCGAGCGGCCGUUUGAGUGCGAGUUCUGCCACAAGCUGUUCAGCGUGAAGGAGAACCUGCAGGUGCACCGCCGUAUCCACACGAAGGAGCGGCCGUACAAGUGCGACGUGUGCGGACGAGCCUUCGAGCACUCCGGGAAGCUGCACCGCCACAUGCGCAUUCACACCGGCGAGCGGCCGCAUAAGUGCUCCGUGUGCGAGAAGACAUUCAUCCAGUCCGGCCAGUUGGUGAUCCACAUGCGCACCCACACUGGCGAGAAGCCGUAUAAGUGCCCGGAGCCGGGCUGCGGAAAGGGCUUUACGUGCUCCAAGCAACUCAAAGUGCACUCACGAACGCAUACGGGUGAGAAGCCCUACCACUGCGACAUUUGCUUCCGAGAUUUUGGAUACAACCACGUGCUUAAGCUGCACCGUGUGCAGCACUAUGGCUCUAAGUGCUACAAGUGCACCAUCUGCGAAGAGACGUUUAAGAACAAGAAGGAGAUGGAGGCGCACAUCAAGGGGCAUGGCAAGGAAAUCCCCGAGGAUGAGGCGGAGGCUUCGGCUUCGGCAGCAUCAGUUUCAGCGGGCUCUUCUGGUGGAUCGCCCUUGCAAGGAGACAGCUGUAACUCUGAGAGCAGCAACCACUCGCCGCCCAGCUCGCCGCUGACCACGAAGAUGCCUCGACAGGCACGUCAGCCGUGUGAAUCCAAAGCCGCGACAUCUGCUCUUCCUGUCGCCUUUUCCUCGCCACUUUCGCCCAGUUCGCUAAGCUCCACGUACUCGCCAUCGGUUAGCAGCCAGGCCUCACCUCCGCCCACAUCGGGUCAAUACCUGCCCGUCCAAUUGGAGGCGGAUGCCUUAAGCCGGGACAGUGGGGUUUCAAACGCCCAGCUUGCCCGCAGCAGCUAUACGGACGAGGAGCCGACAGACCUGAGCAUGCAACAGGGCCAGAACCAGGCCCCUGUACCGACUGCGUGCUUUUACCAGGUCCCUUCGAGUCUUCUGGACCUGCAACCCCAAGCCCCUAACCUCACAAUUAAUCCCGCCCUGCUCGAAGCAGCCAAUAUGGCGCGUCGCCAUCACGACAACGAUUACCUAGAGCAAGAUGAGGACGUGCACGCUGCCGCCUGGCAAAUGAUGCAACUUCGUCGUGGGCACGGGUCCUUACCUUCAAUUGAGAUCCAGGCUCAAACGACCCAGCCACACGUCCCUACUUUGCACGACAGUGACCUUGCGGCCAACUAUGAUGACACCCAUGAAGCCACCGUUCUGAUCGAGCACUUUAAGAGGGGCGAUCUUGCUCGCCACGGGCUGCACAAGGGCUAUGCGCCGGUGCCCAAAUAUGAGUCCGCUUUACCUAAUCCGGACAUCGUGCGACGCGUGGAAGCGGCAAUUGGACUCCGGUCCAGCACGGAGUCACCCGAACGAAGUUCUUCGCCGGAGAGCGACUCCCUAAUGAUGGCCGACCGGAACGUUAUGACGCUACCGCUUCGCAAGCGCAAACACUACAUGAAUAAAUUGGACGACGGUCAAGCAGAUCCCAAAAAGACCGUAAAGGGAAAAGACCCUGCCGAGGAUGGGUCUUCCACUACCAGUGAAGUCGUUUCUGUUAGCGCCGACGAUGGAGCUGGGUCAAAAGUGAUGAGAUUGAGUUCGGUCAUCCAAUUUGCAAAGGCCUCAUAGGGGUCUGAGGCCUCUACCCAAUCAGCAUUAAGACUGUCCAAACAAAUUCUAACUGAAAUAAGUUUAAGUUUUUUUUCUGAGGUUCGAGGUUAGGCCCAGAAUAAAUAAAAAUAUGUAGAGAUAGGGCAUUCGAAUAUUUUUCAAGCAGGAAAAAUAUAAAUGCCAAAAGUAUUAUAAAAUGCGAAAAUUUGUUUUAAAAUAAUAAUAACUCCCUGUUGCUUUUUAUUGGCUUGAUCCGAUUUGUUUGAUUUUAAAAAAUUUGGCAAUGCUGUAACAUUUGUAUUUUAAUUUGGCAUUUAGGUAUAGGUUUUUUCUGUAUUGUCACUUAGUCAAAUUGCAACCAUCGGAAUCGGAAUUAUGCAUACUAAUCAGAAGCAUUAAUAAGUUUAAUUUAAAUGUGAUCACUUAACAAGACACAACCCAAGAUAUGUGAGUAAUUAAACAAAUACUAAUAAAAACGGUAUAAGGCCAUAUUGGCACUUUAUAUUUAUUAAUACCGGUUA